AAAAAUAAUAAUAAAUAUAAUAAAAGCAGAAGGAGGAGGACUGCAGCUCGCGGAUGUCCGCUUCAGAGACGCAGACGCCACCGCCGCUCCACAUCUCCUCACACUUUCUCCAGCUGCACUCAGAGGAGCAGCUCUCAUCCUCGGCACCUUCGCCAAGACGCUGAGCCGAGCCGAGCCGAGUCGGUCCAACACCCCCCCACCUCCCCUCUCCGGGACAAGUCCUUUACCGUGGCAAAGGAAGAAAAAGGUUGAGGAAGCUGCUGCUCCACGUCCAGGCCUCCCGUUCCCCUCCUCCGCCAGCGCAAGCUGAUUCCAGGGAGGCUCUGAUCCUGCAGCCACGUCAAUCACGUCUUCACCGCUGGCUGCGGGGCGGCCCUUGUGGCCGGGAUGCCACUGUGUGCCGUGCCAGUCCACGGCGGACGGUGAGGGCCAGGAGGAGGGCGCCGAGUGCGGGAGACUGAAAGGUGGCGGCCCCCACCAGGCAGGAGAAAUGAACCUCUGCUGGAACGAGAUCAAGCGCAAGUCCCACAACAUCCGGGUGCGGCUGGAGGCCUUCUCCGACAGCAGCGGGAAGCUGCAGCUCUCCCUGCAGGAGAUCAUAGAAUGGCUCACAGCCAAGGACGAGGAGCUGUCGGAGCAGUUGCCCAUAGGAGGCGACGCGGGGGCCGUGCAGCACCAGAGGGAGUUCCAUCAGGCAUUCAUGGAGGAUGUGAAGUCUCGCGGGCCGUUCAUCUACUCGGUCUUGGAGUCUGCCCAGGCCUUUCUGGCUCAGCAUCCCUUCCAGGAGCCGGAGGAGACCCUGACCGAUGGAAAAGAGGUGUCUCCACGCCGACGGAUCUUAAACGUGAGCCGCUCGGUGUGGAAGCAGGCGAACGUGGCCAGCGACCUGUGGGAGAAGUUGACCGCACGCUGUGUGGAUCGCCACAGACACAUGGAGCGCACAUUAGAGCGACUGCUGCAGGUGCAGGCAGCCAUGGAAGAGCUGGCGGUGGCCCUAGAGCAGGCCGAAGGGGUGAGAGACGCCUGGGAGCCCGUCGGAGAUCUCUUCAUCGACUCUCUGCAGGAUCACAUCGACGCCACCAAGUUAUUUAAGGAGGAGCUAACCCAAGUGAAGGAGGGCAUGAAGCACAUCAAUGAUCUGGCCCACCAGCUGGCUAUCUCCGAUGUCCAUUUGUCGAUGGAGAACGCCCGCGCCCUGGAGCAUCUCAACGGCAGAUGGAAAGUGCUUCAGGCUUCCAUAGAGGAGCGGCUGAAGCAGCUCCAGGAUGCACACAGAGACUUUGGCCCCGGAUCGCAGCACUUCCUUUCCAGUUCGGUGCAGGUGCCGUGGGAGCGUGCCAUUUCCCCCAACAAAGUGCCCUACUACAUCAAUCAUCAAGCCCAGACGACGUGCUGGGACCAUCCAAAGAUGACCGAACUGUACCAGGCGCUGGCGGAUCUGAACAACAUCAAGUUCUCAGCAUACAGAACAGCCAUGAAGCUGCGGCGAGUUCAGAAGGCUUUGAGAUUGGAUUUAGUGGCACUGAGCAGCCUCGUGGGGGUGUUUCGGGAGCAGGAGCUGCAGCAGGGGGAGCAUGUGAUGGACGUGGUGGAGAUGAUCCACGGCCUGACGGCUCUGUACGAGAAGCUGGAAGAGGAGAGGUCCGUCCUCAUCAACAUUCCACUUUGCGUUGACAUGUGUCUCAACUGGUUGCUCAAUGUCUACGACAGUGGUCGAAAUGGAAAAAUGCGCGUUGUCAGUUUCAAGAUGGGAUUGGUGAGCUUGUGCAAUGCAGACGUCCAAGAGAAGUAUAAAUAUCUAUUCCGUCAGGUGUCCGGCCCCGGAGGUUCGACUGACCAGCGGAACCUCAGCCUGCUGCUCCACGAAGCCAUCCAGAUCCCCCGACAGUUGGGUGAAGUCGCCGCAUUCGGGGGCAGCAACGUCGAGCCCAGCGUCCGCAGCUGCUUCCGCGUGGCCCCGGGGAAACCUGCCAUUGAGGUGUCUCACUUCCUGGAGUGGAUGAGCCUGGAGCCCCAGUCGAUGGUUUGGCUGCCCGUCCUCCACCGCGUGGCCGCUGCAGAGUCGACCAAGCACCAGGCCAAAUGCUACGUCUGCAAACAGUGUCCCAUCAAGGGCUUCAGGUAUCGCAGCUUGAAGCAGUUCAACGUGGACAUCUGCCAGACAUGUUUUCUAACCGGCCGCACUACAAAGGGAAAGAAGCUGCACUACCCCAUCAUGGAGUACUACACACCAACCACCUCAGGAGAGAAGAUGAGGGACUUUGCCAAGACUCUGAAGAAUAAGUUCAGGUCAAAGCAGUACUUCACCAAGCACCCGCAGAGAGGUUACCUGCCGGUGCAAUCUGUGCUGGAAGCCGAGAGCUCGGAGACGCCGUGCUCCUCACCCAAGCUGCCUCACGCGGACACACACAGCAGGAUUGAACAUUAUGCCAGCAGAUUGGCUGAAAUGGAGAGCCAGAAUUGUUCGUUCUUCACGGAUAGCCUGUCUCCUGAUGAAAGUCUGGAUGAAGAUCAGUACCUCCUGCGUCACUCCAGCCCAGCCCUGGAUCAUGACUCGCCGUGCGGACAGCACAUGCUGCUGGCCAACCUGGAGCACCAGGACAAGGAGCAGCUGCAGUGCACCCUGGCCCACUUGGAGAACGAGAACAGGGUGCUGCAGAGCGAGUACAGGAGGCUCAAGUGGAAGCACGAGGAGGCGGCGGCGGUUCCCAUGCUGACCGAGGCUGGAGAGGGCGGCCCGGGGUCUCCGGCGGAGGGAGGGCAGCAGGACGAGGAGCUCCUGGCCGAGGCACGGGUCCUCCGGCAGCACAAGACGCGUCUGGAGACCCGCAUGGGGAUCCUGGAGGACCACAACAAACAGCUGGAGUCCCAGCUUUGUAGGCUCAGGGAGCUACUGCUACAGCCCAAAGAUGACUCGGAAGCCAACGGAUCAGAGCCAUCAACCCUGUCUUCUCCCGUCUCCGGAGGCGGUCGUCACGGCGAGCCGGCCAGCAGAGAGACGACUGACACCGAAGCAGCAGGAGACGAUAUCGAACGCGAACAAGAUACGGUGCUGCAGCUCCAGGAAGUCAUCGAGCAGCUGAGAAACGUCUUCCCUUCGGAACCGGGCACCACCUCACACAUCUAACCCCCGAGUGGGGCCUGGAGUGAAAGCCUGAAAGGAAGCCCGAUGGCGGCGGGAGGAGCUCCACGCGCCGGAGGUCGGGCCAGAGUAACAGCAGGCACGGCGACCGCUGCGAGCAGCUAUGACACCCCCGAGCUAACCCUCUACUGGAAUCUGUGCACUAAAAGCCUUUUUUCGUGGCUCACUGGCUCGGCCAGUGCUGCGCUUCGUCACUUCGCGCCGCGUGCUGAGGAGCCAGAGGAACGUUUAGCAGCAGGUCAGGGGAGAGGCCGAAGCGGGAAGGAAACAUGCCCAGCCAAGACACUGUGCUUACCAGUACCUGUGUAGUUAUUAGAAGGUGUGAAGCUUUAUUUGUCCACAGCACAAAUUGGACGUUCCUUAGGGAGAACUUUUAAGAGAAAUAGGGAAAAAAAAGGAAUGGGAAGAAUACCCCCCUCCCCAUCCCUCCCUUGUUUUGUCAGAAUGCCUGUAUUGUCAGUGUUUAUUUUCUCCUUGAAUGUGUCAUCAUGGUUGUUCAUUUUGAAGGGAGGUCAAAGCGCGCUAAAGUGAGCCAGAUCAGGCGGCGGGCCGACUUUAAUUCACGCGGCUGCGGGGUGCAUAUUGUCAGGGAGUUGACAACACCCACAACAAGCUUAUUUACUUUGUGAGAGAGACGCAUCGUCUGUUUAAAAACAUGAUUUAUUUAAGACAGCCAAAGUGCCCGCUAGCGUAGCGCCUCCGUACGCACACACUGUGUUCCUCUAAUCCUUUCAGACUGCUCGUCGCUCUCAUUGCUCCCCUCUUCUGUGAGUGAGCCCUUUACGCUCACAAAGAGCCACUUGCACUCGUGUCCUUCCACACACACACACACACCGUAUGCUGCUACAUUCACACUAUUCUCACUAUUUACGAUGCUCCCUUUCUUCAUUGGGCGCAAACGGCUCAUCGCAUGAUCGACAACACCCCCCGUGCUGCGUCACUGACAAAUGCCGACGCGUUUGUCCGUUUCGUGCCAAUUCAUGUGGUGGCCGAAAGUGGCUUUUGUUGGGCAAACACACCCGCCGAUGGAAAUUAGUAUGCGCCCGUCAACUCUGGGACCCUCUCGUGCGGUGUGCGGAGAAAAGACGGGGAAGGUGCCGCAGGCGAUAGUCCUGCAGGGCUGAAGCUCGCUUUCUCUCCAGGCCGCCGUGCCGAUUCCAGGCGCCACGGGGGGUGAGAAAGCCCCCCCCCCCCAUAACCAGGGCCUAUGUAGACAUUGCACAGACGAAGUUAUUGAUUCCACAUGCCUGGUUUUCCCUUUGCGAUGCAUGCUCAGUUGCUUUUUGGGGUACAAAAAGGCCGGUGGUGCUCGCAUUGCAUCAGGGUUGUUGGGUGCGAUCUGUCCAUUGACGUCGCAGUCAUUGAAUGCCGUGAGACCAAACUGAGUUCACGUGAAACCAGAGUUUGACUCUCUGGUCUUCUUUUUCACAUUGCAGGAAGGAAAUUGCAUCGGGAGUGUGUGUGUGUGUGUGUUUGUGUGCCACUGGUACUGACUGGAACAGGAACAAUGGAAACAUGUGAGAGAGAGAGAGAGAGAGAAAGAGAGAGAGAGCAGAGCAUCCAUGCGUUGAAAACAUUUAAAUAGGGCUUUUGUGUCUGAACCGUGGUUUCCAGGGUGCUGGGAGGAACCAAAUAUCUGACCGAUGCAAAAAAAAAAGAUGGACAGUUAAAACAAUCCAUCCAUUGCUACAGGGCUGGUGGGACUGAUCCACUUUGAUGGUCCUGCAACAGCGAAAUCUCCAGAAAACCGGAUGCCUGAAACAGGCGGACCGUGGCCGCGUUUGCCUCAUUCUCAUGGAAAACGGAGACAUUAGGAAUUCAUCUAAGCCCUUAAACGACACUCUGACCUCACGCGAGUUUCAAACCCAUGUGCUGCAUUAAUUACAGACGAGCCCUCCAGUCACCCAGCGCUCAUGUUUAACACAGCAUCCUCGUCGGCACCUCCUGCCUGUUACUUUUGAUACUGUUGCUAGGGAACUGUCCCCCCCAAGGACGCGGUUCCACAGGUUUUUGAGUUGGAAAGGUGAUGCUGCCGCUCAUAAUACAAAUACUGAUUGCCUUAGGGAAGCGAGAGAGACCUUCUUUACUUCCAUCUCCACUGAAGCCCGUUGCCGUUCAGCUGCUGGGGAUAGUCGUUAGCAUCAGUUGAAUCCGUCUCCGGCUCAGUUACGAUUGUUUUCUGGUGAAACGCUCAGAAGUCGGAACAAAGAGUGACAAUGUAGCUCGAGGGUGAAAACAAUAAAUAAAGCCGUCACAAGGAAAUGUUUAUUCAUAGACAUUUAUUUAAUGGUAUUCAUACAUCUCAUCACAGAUUGAAGAUCACUUUUAGCUCCAUCGAGAACGAUGUGACAGUGAAAAGAAGAAGCAGAAGAUCUCCCCACGGGGCCGCCUGUUAACACUGCUCCUGUUUGUUUAAAGGCAAUACACACGGAUGAGGCAGGUUGAGCUAAAAACAAGCGGUUCGUCCCCACACCUUCCCUCUGCUGCCUUUUGACACUAGCGUCUAGAGGACCCUCGACGGCCGUCCAGCUGCAGCUCCCCACGUCCCCGGCGCCCGUCGAAAACAGACCUUCUGCUCCCCGUGGUGUGACUCAAGCCGUUUGAUUGGCGAAAAACGUCUCCCUCGCGGAGGCACGAGUCCCCCCCCCUCUCCCCCAGAGGACACUGCUGUCUCUCUGGGCUUCUGUUACUGCGCCUCGCCAUCGUUACUCCACCGCCUUUGUUGCACUGCGUCGUAGCUAUCACGCAUCUGAGCUUCUGUGUCACCUCUCACAUCUAACCUCCAACACGGUGUUGUUAAUACUAAUACAUGUGUACACACACACACACACUCAUUACUGGUGUAGCUUUUUUUGUUAAGAUCACCGUUAAUAUACCUCAUUAAUCAUUGAGAUGUUUCUUGUUUGGAUUCCAUGUUAAUGUCCACCGCUCGAACACUUCUCGCUGUCUUUUCUCUGGAGUUUUUAAUCUGUACAAAAGGUUUUCUGACGAAAGGCUUUUUACUGUAAUAACAAGUUGGGUUUCUGGCUGCUUUUUACUAUUUGUGUACAGUAAUAAAAUCUUUGUAUUUGACAAA